GAACGCCGCCCUCCUGCUCAAGACAUUGUAGAAGAAAUUCGGGACUUUUACCAGCUACAUGAUUUUAGUAGCAGGCCUCAUGCCACGUAUGAAAGAUUAUGUUCGUCGCGAAAGUGACGUUAGUGGAAUUCUUAACCAGCCGCUGUGGUCAAAUAUGGACGUUGAACGCCGUCAAGAUUUGAUUGCACAGUCUCACGAUGAAAUGGCAUUUUGGACUUUACCAGACGACUUUCUACUAGCUGUGCUUGGUCACCUGCCCACGAGAGAACUCUUCACGGCCCGCUUGGUGUGUCGCCGUUUCCGAGAUCUCUGCCUGCACCGGCAGUUGUGGAAAACCCGCAGUUUGGCGAAUGAUUUGUUUGGCUCGGUCAGUGUUGACUUCGGCUUGAGGCGAGCUGUGCUCAGUCUUGCCCCGUGCCUCCGACGACUGAGUCUUUCUCCCGGCCAUUGUAUCAGGCUGGCUCCUUUUGUUCCUUCGGUUUCUCAGCUUAACAUUGAUUUGGCAUUCUAUGGAGAGGGACAGGAAAUAACAUGUGACAAUGCACAGGACUUCAUCAACUUAGUUCAGAGACUUUCAUCUCUUGGUGGCUUGACGGAGUUGGGCUUCUGUCUUGCGCUUGAAAAUCCCAAUUCGCUAUUAGUGCAAGCUCUUCUGAAGACAAUCUACACCAUCAGUGGUCUUCAGAGUCUAUUCAUCGGUGGUGAAAUCCCACUUGCAGCGGACAUAUCUGUCGACGUGAAAGUCGAGCCUUCUUUGAAAAAAAUAAAUUAUAGGUCGUUGGGCGAUGACGCCUGUGAGAGGGUACCUUUCAUCGGGUCGCUGCUGAAGGCCCACGCGUCCACUCUGGAGGAAGUGAUUGUUGAGCUGCAUGAUGUUCCCCUGUCUCCACUGCAAGGGAGCAAAAAGCUGCGGUCCUUGACCAUCUUCCCACAUGAAGAACUGCCAUUGCUCGUGGAUUGCCCCAACCUCUCCACCAUUGAGAUCGUGUAUUCAGACAGGUGGGUCUAUCCUGCAGGAACGAUCGAGUUCUUCCGACGGGCCGUCAGUCUCCGGUCAGUGACCUUUACUUGCCCGGUAAGGGAUUCUUUGGCCCCACUUGUGGCGCUGGCUGGGUCCAAGGCAGCUAAGCGAGUUUGGAUGCUUGAUAUCUUCGCUACUUCGCCUGAUGUCAUCACACUGCUGGGGAUCAGCCUCUACAAGUUCCCUUCCCUGCGGAGACUCACCUUCCAAGGCAAAGUGACAGACGACUUCCUUCGCGCAGUGGACCCCGCAGCGACGCCCAACCUCACUUCGCUGGCGCUCGACGUGUGCCACGACGGGUCGCCGUGCGCGCACUCCUGGCUGCACGGGCCCGCCAUCCAGGACCUCUUCGCCAGGAACCCGCGCCUGGGACUGCACAUUGAAAAUUGGUAUGGGAAGUAUGGUCGUGACUGUUCCUGCAGGUGGUGCUCUUGGGGCUGCCACAGUAAGCUCGUUGAACCCAAGGGAGGGUUCUCUGCAGAUUACAUAUGAAUUGCUGUUGGAUGAUGAACACCAGCGUUCCAUGUGACAUGCCUGUUAGAUGCGAAACUACUGCUUUCUGGUGCUUAUUUAGCCAAGAAAUUUACUUUUUCUUAUUUGUCCAUAAGAAAGUGGAUUAAAAUUUGCUUAUUAGUUUUUACAGACUAAGUUUUUUUUGUUUCUUUACAAAGCAGCAUUGCAACUAUUUAUUUGUAAUUUGUUUACUCUUGUUGUGAAACGCUUCGAGAUAGCUGUACCCUCGCCAUUAAGGAUCGUUGGAAGGACGCAAUCUAAUUAUUAUGUAAAUAGACUGGUGUCAGUUACUUCGCUGUUUAUUUUUCUA